AUGACGAACGUGUUGAUCUACAACACCGGCGAGGUCCUGUGGGUUCCUCCGACAGACUAUCAUGCAAAUUGCAAGUUGAACCUCCGUUUUUGGCCGUUUGACCAGCAAACCUGCUUCGUCAAAAUUGGAUCGUGGACCUUCGACGGGUACAAACUGAAUAUAAGCGAAUUUGGAAAAGCAAAAGUGGACAUCGACGUGGACAAUAACGAGUGGACCGUCCUCGAUUUGGCCACUGACAUACACACCACAAUCUACGAAUGCUGUCCGGAACCGUACAUGGACAUCCGGUACAAUGUCACCCUGCAACGUCAGUCGUCAACCCACAGAGCGAUCGUCAUUAGUCCAGCCUUUGUCAUCAUGCUGCUUGCUCUGUCGGUAUUUUGGUUACCCCCGAACUGCGGCGAGAAGAUUGUCCUCAACGGCAUAAUCGCACUGAUCGUGACCGUCUUCCUGAUCUACUUCGCCACGCAACUGCCAGCAAUGUCCGGAAACACCCCGCUAAUCGUAACCUUCUUCAGCACCACCCUGUACCUGGUGGCGUUCGGGACUAUUCUGUCGGUGAUCGUGCUUAGAAUGAGCCGAACCAAGCAUGCCGAUCCGGUUCCGCACGUGUUCAAGAAGCAACUCGACGGAUGUCUGGGAUCGGUGCUCGGGGUUGGCAGCGGAUCGCUGUCCUCGAUCGAGGACAAGGAAGCCGCUGUCGGCGAGAUUGGGAACGCCAAGCAACGAGACUGGUGCCGGCUGGCUGGGUUUAUCGAUCGGUUGGCCUUUCUUGUUUAUCUAGUGAUCUUUAUCAUUUCGGCCGUCUAUCACAGUCUGUGA